AUGGCUCUCCAGAAAUACUCGUUGCAAGUGAAGCAUAUACCUGGGAAAGAACUGCUGCUAGCGGACGCACUUUCACGUUUUCCCGCUAAGGAAACACUGGAAGAAGAGGAAAAGUUCCAAGUAAACGCGCUAGAGCACAUAUCAGUUACUCAAGACCGCCUUCAAGAAAUCCGAGAGGCAACCGCAAGUGACGCACAACUGCAACUGCUGCGUCAGUAUGCGCGGACUGCAUGGCCGGAAGAGAAAGACCAAGUGCCGCAACUUGGAAAGCCUUUUUGGUCAUACCGGGAGGAAAUCCAUGAAGAAGAUGGACUUGUACUCCGAUCCAACAAGCUAGUCAUACCUACAGCUAUUAGGCAAAAGAUCAUCAACCUGCUGCACGCAGCACACGCAGGCAAGGAGAAGAUGAAAAGAAGAGCUCGAGAUAUUCUGUUUUGGCCAGGAAUCAACGCUGAAAUCGAGGGCAAGUACGACAACUGCAGCAUAUGUCAAAAGUACAAGCCAAGAAAUGUCAAGAUGCCACUCUUGAGUCAUGCGGUGCCAGCACUGCCUUGGCAGUAUGUUAGUGUGGAUUUCUUUACUCAUCAAGGACGGGAUUUCAUAAUCAUGGUGGACUUCUACUCAUUUUACUUCGAGGUCGAAGAAAUGAAAACCACCACAGCUUCCAAAGUUAAAGAGUUUUGCUUGAAGGCCUUCGCAACACACGGACUCCCUUCAAAACUUUUAAGUGAUAAUGGCCCGCCGUUUGGGAGCCACGACUUCAAACAGUUCCUGGAAAACUUGAAGAUCGAGCAACCUCAAGCAUACCUGGUCACCUGCAAUAGUAGUGGGCCAUUCUACAUCAAGAUCCUACAACAUUCAGACCCCGGAAGGCCAAGUGCUUCGGAGGACACGCGAACACUUAAGACCAGUGGCACAAUCCCCCCAAAAGACGACCUCCGAGGCUACAGAGCCAGUAAACGAGGGUCAAGUUGA